AUGGCUCCGACGCCCGCCGGGAGCGAGCUGGCGGCGGCGGAGGCGGCGGGCGAGCAGACCCCGGCGGCGGCUCCUGCGGGCGGAGACGGGGCGGGGCCUGAGCGGGGGGCGGGGCGGCCUUGCAGGCCCCGCCUCGGCCCCCGCGCCUGGAACAAAGGCGCCCGCGCGCCCGUGGGGAGGACCCCCGCCCGUCGCCCGCCGCCGCGCCCGCGCCUGCGCCUGCGCCCAGCGACCCCCGGACAGGCCCCAGCUGGGGGCGCGCGCGCCGCCCGCGGUCGACCUGCCAGUCCCUCCGUCCCGCAGAGCUACCUCACGCGGCCCCGGACACAGCCUGGCGGCCACGGCCGGCCCCGUCACGCGCGGCAGCCUCGCGCCGGCCCGGCCGUCAGUCGCACACACCGGCUGCCCAGCCCACUGUCCCGCACAGGCCCGGCCGCAGCAGUUCCCUCAAGCCCGCCUCCGGAGCGCCGCCCGCGCAGCGACCGGGAGGAGAGCAGCCACUCCCUAGACUCACCCCUGCAAUCUAGCUGCCCCUGUCACAGAACACCGCCCAAACUAAAGACACCUGCGGCCACAGUGGAGCCUGUCUGACGGAUGUUGAGCCAGGCAGAGCCAGACAGAGCAGGACAACGUACUGCACGUCAGAG